AUGGCUGCAGACAGUGAUGGAGAGUUCACAGUGGGAUAUCCCCCACAUACAGGAUGCUCUGUGUUUAUUAAUAAAGGUUCAGCUCGAUCUCAAAAGGAUCUUGGUUCUCAAUUACCUUGGGGAGGUUUAGAAAAAGAAACACUUAGUGAUAAUGAUCUCAUUGAAACAGUGUUUACUUGCCAAGGAGAUUUAGGAGAUCCUGAUUUUCCAAAUAAAUUUUCUUUAAUAAUUGAAAAGUUGAGAACUCUGUUAUGCACAGGUAAAGAGGUUUUAAUGAAAGUUAAUAAAGUGGAGCCUUGGAAUUCAGUUAGAGUUACUCUGACUAUUCCCCGAGAUGCUGCUCAAAGGCUGCGAGCCCUGGCUCAAGCUGGAGAUGCAGCAUUACAAGCAUUGGGUAUAUUAAGUGUUCAGGUAGAAGGGGAUCAGGUGAUAUCUCUGAGGCUUGCGACAAGAUUUGGAGGAGAACCUCAGGAAAUAGUAUUAACAACUGGAGGAGAGAGUAGUAGCAACUGUACCAAUAGCAGCAGCUGUAUUUCUGCUGAUAAUUCUCUUGGCCAUAUUGUUAGUGGAACAUUAUCAGGGACAGCUGGUUCUGUUGGAGUUUUUCGAAGUCCUAAUGUUGUGGCACCUACAGGGGUUGGCAUUCCACCUUCGCCUAAACCUCUGGCAGGGCCACCUCCUUUUCCUUUUACUAGUAUGAAUCAUGCUGCACAAACUCAACACGGGAGAGACAGUUUUACUGCACCACCGCCAUACCCCGCCAAAACAUAUAGUCCAUCAGGAGUUAAACCUUCACAAGUCCCCGGUCAAAAUACACCUUUGCCAGCUGGAAAGAAACCCGUUAAUGCAUCAUCCAAUGUGCCGAUCACUACAACUUCCACAAAACUUUUAGCAGCUUCUAACAUUUCUUCGUAUCCUGCCAGAGAAGUCAAUCUAAAGCCAUUCACGCAAAAGUUACCGCUUUCGAGCGUACAGACUGCGACUGUUAGCCAAUUAAAAAACGUUGUGCCGCCUGAUUCAGUGCUUAAUAGUAACAAUGUGUCAUUGUCAAGCCCUUUACUAGUGAACCUUUUACAAAAUGAUGGAACUCCGGUCACGGCAACUACGGCAUCAUCUAGUAAUGCAACCAAUGUCGCCAAUAAAAUGGCUCCACCUAAUCCCGAGCAGUUGAAAACAGUUCGAAAAAACUCUCCGGAACAAUUGGAACCCAAUAAAGUGGACUUUGAGAAAAAUUUUCGUUCCAAUUUUACUCAUAAUUAUAGUAAUAAAAUGACGCCUAAACUUCUAGCCAAUUCUCAGGCUCGAAUGCCAUCAGUUAGACCGAGGAGUCCGGCUGUAAAAACUCCUGGUUUCACGGGAAAUGUACCGGGUUACAGUAGUCAAAGUCUUGUAGGAAUGCCGUCCGUUUCAAAUGUGAACGUAAUACGACAACCUGGGAGAUACGGUCCUAACUUAAUGAAGGGCUUUCCGCAAAAUUCGGUUCAAAAUGUCGCUAAUAGUGCUGCUAGGAAACCCAAUCCGACAUCUAUGCAGAGAUUUACUCAAAUAAGAGCAGGGUUUCCUAAUUCAGAAGUGAGACCAAAUUUCGUAGUUCAAGGAUACUCGCAGUAUACAGCAUCUUCUAGUAAACCCUGUUCAUCUGCGGAAACUUCUGAUAAAAAUAUGGAAGCAGAAGAAAUAUCAGACGGAAAGAAACUUAUUAUAAACCCUUUAACAGGAGAAUUGGAGCCUAUGCCUAGCGAAAGCUCUGAAAGUGAAGAAGAACCUUCUAAAGAAGAUCCUUUCUUAUAUACAUCUUCUCCAGCCAGUCGAGCCUUUUCAGAUGAUGACAGUACUAUAUCACGCCGAAAUGAUACUUCGGAUCAGAGUGAUUCUGAGGCCACAAAUAAAUCUACAGCAUCAGAAACAAGUAAUCCUAACAGGAGGCGUGGUCUAUCUCAUAAAGGUAGUCGAGAUCAUGGGCCUGAAAAAAUUAAACUAAGAUUAAAAUUGGGAAAAACGGAGCCCGUUACGCAAGCUUAUAAGGUUGAUGUUUCUUUUGUAAAUUGCCCAACUUCAAGAAAACCCUUGCCAGCUUUAACAAACGCCAAUAGCAAUGUUCCGGCAAUCACUAAUGUAAAUUCUACCGAAGAACCUCGAGUGCCACCCCUUCAUAUUUCUUUACGCGGACCAAACGCCGCUGUCGUUGUAUCAAAUCGUAAAGAUAAGAAAAGUCCGAGUCAUUGGGGUCAUUCAGAAGACGAAGAUCGUUUUUCAUUGGAUGGUAGCGGCGGGGAUCCCAGUUCAGACUUUUACUCAAAAUUAAAUAAAAAGAAAGUGAAGGUGUCGAAUUUAAAACUCGGCCGGGAAAUCGUUGCAAUGAAUAACUCUGAAAUAAAUCCGAAAUCUAAAAAAUUGAAGUUAAAGCGCGUUGCCGAGCGUGAAGUUGACAACAAUAUUUUAAAAUUGAAAAUUCCCGUAGCUCCAGGUCUGGGCGAUGUUUCCGACGGGGGUUUGGAUUUAGCGGAUGAUAAAUCGAUUAUUAAAAAACGAAAAGAUUCUAAAAAGCAAAAGAACAAUUUAAUAUGCGUAAAUAAAAAGCAUGCGGGGGAUUCGUCGGAGACUAGUGCGACAAAAAGGUUUGACGAAAUAGUUUCUACGGUUAAUAAAAGAGUAGAAAUUAAUUUAAAAAUGGAUUCCGAAGAAUGGAUAUCGAGGACGUUGAAAGAAGAAACGCUCAACUACGAAAAACGUAAAAACUGUAAUAAAUUAAUGGACGAAUUUAAAAUAUUGGAAAAAAAAGAUGAGGAAAAUCCGAGUAGUGAAAGUGAUAAAUUGAAAUCAUUUGAUAUUCGUCGGAAUUCAAUCGAAAACGAUACCGUUGUUGACUCGACCGAAGAAAUCGAGGAAGAUAGGACUAAAAAUUUCAAAACGGGAGCUUUUGAAUUGAGCGAUUACUUAAGACGUAAAAAAGUCGGUGAUAUAAAUAAUAAAAAGUUGAAAAGUUUAGAGUGCUUAAAAAUUAAAAGUGAUUUUAUAAAGCACAAAUACAUGGAGUUGACGGAAUUGGCCGAGGAUAAAGAAGACAAGAGUGAAGAGGUCGCCGUUAAAAAACCGCAAGAAAUCGGUGGGAAAAUCAAAUCCGAGUUAACUUCGAAAAUCGAUAGAGUGUCUGGAAAGUUGAAAAACGAUUUAUCAUUGAAAUUACCCAAGGAUGGUGUAGGUAAAAAAUUAAAAUUCGAUGAAUCCGGUUUAAAAAAGCUAAAGUUAGAUGAAAUAGGAAAGGCUUUAAAAAAAGGUGAUAAAACACCGUUAAGAAUUAAAAGCGCAAAAAAAGACUCGUCUGGUGGUUUACGCCUUGGAUCCGUGGGAAAUAGUGAUGGAGAGGAAGAUCAUGAGGCGUUUGGUGGAAGAACUAAAAGAAGUCAUAGCGGGGAUCAACCUCCUUCAGAAGUGCACGUAGCGCAAAAAGUAAAAAGUCGAUCAUCAAGUUCGGAGCAAUUAGGCUCACAAGGUUUAGUAGUAAAAUCUUGUAAUUCAUCUCGACGAUUUGACGCUCUUAGUCGUAAAAUAAGAAAAGAUUCGGUCAUAGAUAGACUUAGAAAAGAAAAAAUGAACAAAGUUUUUGCCUUGAAUAGAAAACUUUCAACGGGAUGUGAUCCUCACAAUAAAAAACAAACGGUGGGCAGUAGAGUGGGACUCGUUAAACACCCGGUUGUUCCUUCGAAACCAGUACUGGAAACAAAUUGUCCCGUUAAAGAAAUCAAAGAAACGGUUUCGAAUAUAUGUGAAAUAAAACAACCGGUCACGUCUCCGGAAACGGACGUUAAAGGAAAAAACUCUGACGGGGUCGGAAGUCCCAACAAUCCUCCGGUCGGAGGAGAAUCACCUGCUAAUCAAGGAAACACUCAGGGUGAAGAUUCUGGGAUUGAAUCGAUGGAUGCAUUAUCGGAAAAAUCUCCAAAUCAGGGAGAGUCGCCUUGUCGGAAAGAUGAAUCUCAUACGAAAGAAUUAGAAAUAUCUAAACCCGAAGAGAAAAAAGGACAAAAUCACGAUAGGACGGAUGAGGCUUCGAAAUUAAACGAGCAUAGUUGCCUUAACGAGUCAAAAUCAAUCCAGAACAAUACAACUCAGGCCAAUCCAGUGCCUUUAGACCCGAACCCUGAACCCUGUUCAGAUUCUAAAUCCGAGUUGAAUUCAAACACUUACGAUUAUAAUACGGACCCCAACUCUCCGCACAACAACGAAACAAAAAAAACAAUUUCGGGAAGUGAUAAUAAUAACUCGUCGGAAAGCGAGAGUCAAAAAGAUGAGAUACGGGUAAGUGGUAGCCAUAACCGCGCGAACUCUCAACCAAACGACUGUGAUUCGGAAACUGUUGAAAUCAAUGAGUCGAUGAGUUGUGUAGUGACGAUUGAAAAAAAUGAUGAUGAUAAAUCAAGUGCAAUUGAAGAAGCGGAUGUGACUAAUUUACUUAUGGAAACGUUCGAAACUAAAAUCAGGGAAGCGUUUUUAAGGAAUGAAACCAACAGCAAGGAAUUUGAUACCACGGCCGAGGGAUUGGGUGCGAAAAUAUUGGAAACGAGUUCCCGGCUCGAUGAUAAGGGAAAGGACGCUUUGGCCGGGGACUCGAGUGAAAAUAAAAAUAUAGAAGUUGAAAUCGGUUCGCCGUCGCUCGAGGACAUUGAAAGAUUUCGCGUUAAUCCUCCUUUGUACACGUAUGCAAAAAGAGAAGAUUCACUGUCUCCUAGUCCGCCAACCGUAGAUAACAACAGCGAUGUAACAAGCAAUCACAUUAAAGGGGAUCAAUACGAAAAAGAUUCCAACGGUUUAAAUAAAAAGCGUUUUGGAAAAAAAUUUAAAUCGACUGAUGAUCCGGAGGAGAACACAUCCAGUCCUUCGUCGGAAGUUAAAAAUAAAAGUUUAUUAGAGCAAUUGCUCAUCGAGAUACCGGGAGAAGAUUCAAGGAAAACUAGAUCCUGGCAUCGGUUGGGAGGAAGUCCCGGUGGAACACCGAAAAGUUCACCGAGAUCGUUAAAAGAAGAAAGGCCUUUAUCACCUUCGGUCGCAAAAACGUCUCCCAAAAAUGGUGGCAGUAAAUUGAGUCCGACUCCGAGAAAUAAACGAAAAGCAGAAGCGAUAAUCGAGGACAAUAAGGGGAAAACGUCAGAAGGGACGGAUUCGAGGCCGAACAAGAGAAAAUGUAGCGAAAACGCGGCCGAAUUGAUAAAAGCUUGCAUGGGCGUCGAUGAUAAAAAACAACUUUUGAAAACGGUUCAACCCUUGACCGGAAGUAAAAAAGAAAUUGAAAGUUCUGACGACGAGCCGCUCAUUGAUUUGGCGGGAAAAGGACGUAGUAGAGAACACUCGGUCGAGCAAGAAAUAAAAAAACCCAAAAUAACGUCAGAGGAAGAAAAUAGGAAUAAUAAUAAAGUAACAACUAAAAGCACUCCGGGAAAUGUUGUUUGUAAAGUUGGAACGGAGCCCCCGACGAGGAGAUCGAUAAGACAACACGUCAAGUCAGAUUCGAGAAAUAUCAGAUAUACAAGGAGCGCUAUCACACAAGAAAUAGUUAAUGAUGAUCAUUUCGAUACAGAAGACUUUAAUUUGGUUCACAUAGGAUAUGGGUAUUGA